AUGUUCCUUUCCCAGACGCGACGACUCCGGACGGCCAAGUCGAUCCAAUUCGGCGGCAAGGCCCGCCAGCGCAUGCUGGGUGGGAUAGAGCGCAUUGCCACGGCGGUCGGGGUCACGCUGGGGCCGAAAGGGCGCAACGUCAUCCUCCGCCAGCCCAACGGUGACCCAAAAAUCACCAAAGACGGCGUCACCGUCGCCCGCGCGAUUGAAUUUCACGACCCGUUCGAGGACCUCGGCGCGCGGCUGAUUCAGCAGGUCGCGGUGAAGACGAACACCGUCGCGGGGGACGGGACGACGACGGCGACGAUACUGGCCUGGAGCAUCUUCGCGGAGGGCUACAAAAGCGUCGCGACGGGGGCCAACCCGAUGGACCUCAAACGCGGCAUCGACCUGGCCGUGGAGGUCGUGCUGGAGGGCCUGCGAGGGCAGACCCGCCCGGUGACGGACCGCAAGACGCUGCAAGACGUCGCGACGGUCAGCGCAAACGGGGAGCGGCGGCUCGGCGAGCUCAUCGCGGAGGUGGUGCGGGAGGUCGGGCGGGAGGGCUUCAUUACGGUGCUCAGCGGGAGCACCCCUGCCACGCACUGGGCCCGCUACGACGGAUGGAGCACGGAGCGGGGGUUCGUGUCGAGCAGCUUGGUGACCGAUCCGGAUAAACUGGUCGCCCGGCUGGAAGGGGCUUUGAUGUUCGUGACGUCAAAGCCGAUGGAGGCCGUCGCCGACGUCGUCCGGCUGCUCGAGGCCGCGCACGUCCGCCAGCGGCCUCUUGUGGUGGUCGCACCCGACUUUUCCGAGCCGGUGCUCCAAACUAUUUACUACAACCAUCAACACAAGGUUGUACAGUGCGGCGUGGUCGCGGUACCCCACGUUGAGGAGGCUGAGCUGCGAGACGUUGCGGCACUCUGCAACUGUGUGGUGGAGAACCCCAGCUCAAUAUUGAAUGUCAACGACAUCAACUGCCUUCUGGGAAGCGCCAAAUUCAUGGAGCAGACGAUGGAUAGCACGACGAUCGACGGGGGCUCGGAUGUGUCGGAUUACAUACACCUUCUGCAGAAUCGUCUGGAGCGGCUGAUUAUCGAGGAGGAACGUGAAAAAAUACGGGAGCGGAUUUCUAAACUAAAGCGUGUUUAUGCCGUCAUUCGCGUUGGUGGGCGCUCAGAGAUUGAAAUUAAUGAGUCCAAAGACCGCGUCAUUGAUGCUCUCAAUGCCUCGCGCAAUGCUCUGAUCGACGGUGUUGUUGCCGGAGGAGGGGCCGCGCUACUUCAUGCAUCCAAAAAACUUGACGAGCUGCUUCUCAACGAUGAUGAGAUGGAGCAGGAUCGUCGGAUGGGCAUUCAGAUUGUUCGUAACGCCGUGCGGCUUCCUCUUAAGAUGAUUAGCGAAAACGCGGGCGAGGAGGGCGCCGUCAUCGUCGAGAACGUUGCGGAGUACCAGGAUGCCGCGAUGGGGUACGACGCGCAAAACGGACGCUACGUGAACAUGUUUGAGGCCGGCAUUUUGGAUCCUGUCCAGGUUGUGAACUCGUGUAUUGUCGAUGCCGCCUCGGUCGCGGGGUUGAUGAUUACAACGGAGGCUGGCGUGUGUGACUACACACCGAAGCUGGACGUGGAGUAG